AUGCUCCUCACCCAACUCAACCACCAGUGCCUCCUCCACCUCUUCUCCUUCCUGGACAAAGACGGCCGCCUGCGCCUCUCCCAGACCUGCCGGCGUCUCAGGGAGGUCUUUCUGGAUCCGUGUCUGUGGACCAGGCUUCACUUCAGCUCUCCCAGUCAGCUCAGGCAGGACAACUUCGUCCUGGGCGCGUCGCUGAGGUCCCUGAGGAUCAGCUGGUUCUCGAGCAGAGUGCAGCAGAUCUGUAACAUCGAGGACUGGCUCAAGACGUCGUUUCAGAAGAGCAUCUGCGGCCGACACGAGGGGCUGGUCAGCGACUUCCUCGGGAGGGUCUGCCACACGUGUCCUCACCUCCUGGAGCUGAGCCUGUCGGGCUGCGCUCACGUCUCAGACCAGGACGUGCUCUCCGUCCUUCAGAGCUGCUCCAGACUGAGACGCCUUCACCUGGAGAACUGUGUGAGGAUCACGGACGCCGCCCUGGACGGUCUGCUGAGCUUCGGGAGCAGCCUGGAGGAGGUCAGGGUGGACUUCUGCAGGAACAUCUCCCAGAGCGGCCUCCAGCGAGUGAGGCAGAGCCGACCCGAACUCCGUCUGAGCGCGGAGAGGAGCGCGGGAAUGAUCCCAGACUCUGUCCCGGAUGAGCGGGAGGGCAUCCGGAGGACUCUGCAGAAGGUCCUCAUGUUCUCCUGAAACACACCGCAGAACCGACUCUGACUCCAACUCCAACAACCACCUGACCACACGACAUCUGAUCAGAUCAUCAUCAGAGUAAUUCAAACAUAAUAAGAGCAGAUUUGAGGUUUUGGUUGAAUUCCGUUGAAAGAUUCCAGGCCUCAUCGAGUUCCACAGAAACAGUUAUGAAAGACCAAAA